AAUAAAAAUUGUGAACAAGUGACAUAGAAUAAAUAAUAAAUACAACAUAAAUAAGGCACUGCAGAGUUCAUACAAUAAUUAUAUUACAAAAAAGAGAUUUAAUAGAGACCUCUAGUGGUGCUUUUUUAAAAUACUGCAUUAACUAGAAUUUAUUUGUUUAUGUAUAUGAUCAUAAAUCACAUUCUGAUUCAUGGCAUGACUAUGAGAGAAGCAAGACAACAUGUGCAACCAAAUUUAAGCAGGUUCUCAGUGGCCUCCAUCGUCAGGGCAUUCAGAGAAGAAAACAGGUUCCAUGAUUUUUGGAAAAUCAUAGUAAAAUCUCCUCAGGGUGCAUGUGAUGAAACAGGAGUGGAAUCUUUUCAUGGCUGGAUUCGGCAAAAGGAUUCUUUCCCCGUUGCUUAGCAAAAGAGAGGACUGCCUGUGAUGUAGAUGAAUUCCUGACCCGGCUCCUUGUGAAUGUUUUAAUUAGUUUUAAUUUGAAAGUUUUCCCGUAAUUGUUGUUUCCGCUCCUUGACGCAGCUCCGUUACCGACGCUGUCUUCAUCACCGUACCUGGAGGAGACCGUGCUGCAUCCCGCACCUCUCCUACACCGGACCGGACCGUGCCAGCCUACCGACACGACACGGUUCUCGCACAGCUGCAAGCGUCUCGCCUCGUCGCGGAGCCUGAACGGCGGAGAAAAGCACACAGGUGUGUCCCUCGAGACCGGGCUGCUGCACGGCGACGACAGGAGGGGGCUGGCCGCAUCUGUUGCCUGGGUGAAUUCAUUAACGCGUUAGCUUCCGGCUAGCUAGCUGCGGUCCCUGGUACCUCACGUAACUACGAGGUUUACACCGAAAAUCACCGAUGUCAGCUCUCGACUGUGGCGGACAACGCUCCACGUGAAUCCACAGAAAACACCGGGACCGGCAACGGGACUUUCUAUACGUCCACAGAGGAAGACGAAGCUGAAGGUGUGGGGAUGGGUCUGAUGUAAGGCUGGGAGCUAGCGGGCUAGCUUCAUAGAAACACAGCGGUAGUGUGCAGAGCACAGCCUGUCGCUACACACCCUGAGAGCUAACAUGGACGGUGUUAUUCCCUCCGAGCCGCGCGGUGUCUCACACCGGUUAAUAUGAUGACUACUCUGUUUUCCACAGACAGUAAAGGCCGAUAAGAUAAUGGAGUCUUUCCUGCAGAUAGCGCCACACUCCCUGGCUAUAGUGCUGACAAGGGUCGGGGCCGGGGAGGCAGUGGGGGUGGCUGGGGUGUCGGAGAGCGACGAGCUGCCCCGGCACCACACCGGCUACGAGAUUUUUGCCGAUUUCAAAGCAGAAAACACCCAGCAGCACAUGUGGAACCAGCGGAUUACCGAGGCCGUGUCUGAGACCUUCUUCCUGGGCUGGAUAGACGAGCAUGUGCUGCUGAUCCAGGGGAAGGAGGACCACUUGGAGGUGCUGAGGGAGGGAUGGAUGCGGAGAUCCCUGAACCCGCCGCGGGGAUUCACCAUCAAAUAUCUGGGUGAUGUGUCACCCAUCAGUAUGUCCCCCAUCAGCCAAUCACAGUUCAUCCCUUUGGGAGAGGUAUUGCUAUUGGCUAUCUCUGCUAUGAACUCUGCCCAUAAGCCUGUCACUCAGGAGGCCCUAACUGAACACCUGCAGACAUGUUUUCCAGGUGUUCCUACACCAACAGAGGAGGUUCUGCACCACACGCUAAGCAUGCUGGUCCGUGAACGGAAGAUCUACCCAACACCAGACGGAUAUUUUAUUGUAACCCCUCAGACUUACUUCAUAACUCCAAGCCUAAUCCGAACCAGCUCCAAGUGGUACCACUUAGAUGAGCGAUCCAUUGACCGACACCAGCAGCAGCAACAUCAGAACCAACAGCAGCAUCAGCAGACACAGUGCACCUCCCCUCUCUCUGGCACCAUCACCCCGUCCACCUCUGGAGGUGUGCGAGAUCGAACACAUCCAAAGUCCAGCCAAAACCACAGUGGGGGAGGCGGUGGAGAGUCUUUUUACAACAACACUUACCGUGGAGACGACCCCCCAAGCCACCACACUACCUUGCAGCGCCGGUCCCCCAAAGACCACCGCGAGGCGUAUUCAUCCCCACACUCCCCACAGACACCUCCUCAACAAACAGGAGGCAACACAGAUAAGAGCCGUAGCACCCUCGGGUUUCCCUUCAAGACGGACACGCUAACCAAGCACCGAGGUGGGGGAGGUGGAGGAGGCGGGGGUUCUGCAGAGAUAGAGAAACAAGCCGGUGGAGGAAGUGGUACAGGAAGUCGGAAGUUUGGUUUGAAGCUGUUCCGUCUGAGCUUUAAAAAGGACAAGGCCAAGCAGUUGGCCACCUUCUCCGCACAGUUCCCCCCUGAGGAGUGGCCGCUCCGUGACGAGGAGGCACCCAGCCAGCUGCCACGCCAUGUAGAGAUGGAGAUCAUCCGCAGAAUUAAUCCUGACCUUACUGUGGAGAACCUCGCCCGGCACACAGCAGUCAUGAAGCGUCUUGAAGAAGAGCGUGCUCAGCGGAGCAAAGCGUCGUCAGCCAAUCAGAGCUCUAGGAGUAGGAGAAGUGGGGGUAGACACAGGAAACAGUCCCAGACGAAACUCAGCCGCUCACAUAGCAAGACAAGGGCAUCCCGGGGCGAGCCAAGCGAUGGUUCCCACCUGGAGCUGGCCGACAGGGACUAUCGAGCCUACUCAUCCUCGCUAGCUCGGUCACCAAGGGAACACGCCCUGGCCAUGGAGCGGCAGCGGGCGCGGCUUCACCUGGCACACAGCAACCCCAACAUCCUUGACUCCUCUCACCUGCCAGUCACACCAGAGUGGGAUGUAUCUGGAGAGCUCGCCAAGCGACGCACAGAAAUGCCUUUCCCUGAGCCAAGCCAUGGUCCAUCAGCCCACCACUCCAAAGUCCACCGCUCACACUCCCACACCCAGGAGAGAAAGUCCAGGAAUGAACGCAGUGACAAGGCCAAGGAACGUUCUCGAUCCAUGGACAAUUCUAAAGGGCCGCUUGGAGCAGGGUUGAUUGGACCACCUGAUUAUUACGAUGACCGGAGCCGUUACUAUACUGAUGAUGGCACCCUGCGAGCCAAUCAGAGCUCUUCUCACUACUCUCGUGCCACACCUCCCUCAGCUAAGCUGCCUGGGGAUUCUCUGGGGUUGGAUGGUGGCAGGAGCCUAGAGAAGAGUAAGAGCAGAGACAGCCUGCCAGCAUACUCACCCAAACCACUGCUCACCUCUGUCCCUCCUGAUGAUUACUUCCAGUGCUCUGGUUCUUCUGAUGCUGUUCUCACAGCAGCAAACCCACUGGGAACUCUGGGCAAAAGUAGCCAUGAUGGAUUAAAAGUAGGUAACACUGACAGGCAAACAGACAGACAGACGCCCCAUCCUCCAGAAAAUAAGGAGGAUUUGAAGGUGGGACCUAAGGGUGGCAGCCUGCCUCCAAUACCUCUCUCUAUCCCUGACCCACUUCUUCCUAAUGGACGACCUCCCCACAGUGCCUCCUCUGGUCAGGAGAAACGUAAGGAGAUCUUUAGUAAAGACACACUCUUUAAACCUCCUCCUAGCCUCCCUUUACCUGGCUAUAGCUCCCUGAGAAAACCCCCAGCCCUCGCCUCUUCUACUCUGUCCUCAUCCUGUGAUGCCCUUGAUUCACAGGAGGCCUUUGACGCUCCGAAACCUCUGGUGGCCACACCAUCUGUCCCCCCACAGGGAAUUGAACCCACUACCAGUGCUGCAGAAGCCUCCUUCGACUACUACAAUGUGUCAGAUGAUGAUGAACUUGAGGAGGGUGGGACUAAAAGUCGAGGAGAGGACGAAAAGACUGGAGGAGGUGUUGUUGGGAUGGGAGGAGGUGGAGCAGGCACCAUGCAGUGGCUGUUGGAGAGAGAGAAGGAGAGGGACCUACAGAGGAGGUUUGAAAGAACCCUCACCUUCCCUGGUGCUAAAGAGAACCUUCCAGAGUCCAGUCAGAACCAGCAGUCAGCCCACUCUGCUAGACUGGACAGUAUGGAUUCCAGCUCUGUCACUGUUGACAGUGGAUUCAACUCACCACGAACAAGAGAGAGUCUAGCAUCUAACACCUCUUCCAUAGUGGAGAGUAACCGUCGGCAGAACCUGGCGCUGAGCCCCGGCCACCUCAGCAUCACUACUGGCAAUGGUCCCCCCUUCUCCUUCCGUACUAUCCCAGAACCUGCCGGCACCCAACCAGAAAAACUCCAGAAGCCCAGCGCCUGCCUUGCAUCAAUCACCAGCGUCUAGGGACGGAACUAAGUGCUGGGCGGGAUGCUGUGAGCCAGUGGACAGGACCAGAAAAUAAGAGCUCCACCCCCAAGGACUGUUACACCUUUAGACUGACAGACUGACUGAAUCAGUGGAGCUGCAACAGGCCCACUGUGGAACUAUAGCUGUUAACAUACACACACACACACACACAGACAGAUACAAACUUAUUUAGAUCACCAGGAAACUGUACUCUCUCUCUGACACACACGGACACACACGCAUACCACAGACACACUCUCACAUACACACCAGGCCACUGGGCAGACUCUUGACCAUGUCAUUCUACAGCCUCUAGUUUCCACAAUACUGUUGUGUUGUUUCACUUACGUGGGUUCUAGUUGUGUGUGUGUGUGUGUGUGUGUGUGUGUGUGUGUGUGUGUGUGUGUUUGUAUGGGUUAUGUUUGUAUAAUCUGUAAUCUCAGGUCAUGUUAUUUCCACUCCCAUUCCAGCUGCUCCAGAUCAGUACAUCUCCCUCUAGUGGUGUGUCCUAGCAUUACACACUGAAGAGAUGCAGCUCUGUUGACUGCUGUUACUGAUGGUACACUCACUCUCACUGAUCCAGCUCUCUAACAUUCACCACUGGCAGACACCCUGCCAGGUGCAGUGACAGAAAAUGACAUUUAAUACCCCUGACCAUAACUCCAAAAUGGUUAGUCAGUCAAAUGAGUAACCCAAAACCAGGGCUGUUGUUUUUACAGUAACACCCACUGUAGAAUGAAAAUUAGCAGCCCUUCUAUCUACUGGAUGCCAUGAUGCCCAUCUGAACUGUGUGAACACUGUUUCCACUUUUAAGCCAGAUUUUAACAAUGUCCUCCAGCUGUGGUUACACAUGCGUGCAGCUCCAGGGAUGUGAUAUUUGAUUAGACUGUUUAGAGACUGUCCACCGGAUGCAGCUGCAUCAUGUUUCAGCUACAUUGCAGGUGCCGGAAAAAAUCUUCUGCCAUUCCAGCCAUUGUGCCAAUGUCCACUGGACACAUGCUGUUUUCCUCACUACAAAAACCAAGUGUGUUUUUGAUCAACAAAUCAGACUUUAUUUGCCCUUUAGGGGAAAUUCCUAUGUUACAGCAGCACAGAGAUGGUCUGACAUAGUGGUGUGAUGGAGAAGAAAACUGAGAGAGAACUAUCUGAAAUAAUUACAUUUGAUUACAGUAAAAAGCUAUAUACAGUUUUACAUUACAUUACCAUACACAAUAUAUGUUAAUUUAUAUAUACAAUGUAUAAAUGGCUCUAUUUAUUGACAGUUGACAUGAAGUUAAUAUUUAAUGACAUGCUGCAUUUUGUUACUGACUUUAUUUUUAUGUAUAUAUAUAGAAAGAGGAGUCUUUCUUUGUUUAUAGCCACCUCACAGUGGUGUUCACAUGCUGAGGUCCCACUGGUAACAUCACAGCCUGAAACAUCCAGAGAUGUUUUUCUCUGUACUGCUGUAUGUAUUCAUACUGGCUGUACAGAUAACUAAUUUCACAUGACACAGCACGAAACACAGCACGAAACCUGCAGAUAAACUUCAUCAGGUUCAUCUCAGUAAAGAUCAACAAUGCAAGUGAUCAAAAGCAGUUUGGUGGUGAAGAGACAGUUUAAGAAGAGCCCACUGUUCCUGCUUCAGAUGUAUAUCAGUAUGAGCUCACAAAGCUUUACAGUGACCAUUUUAUAAAUGAGGACUUAGGUACUUUUAAAAACUGACAUUUGGAUUUGUUACUGAAGGUAUAGUAUGGUGUGUUAGGUGUUGAAGAGUACUUGUGAAGUUUCUUUAGUUCUUUGGUUCUUAUUCAUAUGAACAGUUAAGUUUUAUUUCACUCAUUGUUCCCCAUUGCAGUCCAGUUAUGCUGAACAGGGCAUUGUCUUCAUAUGAAGCCUGCAGGACAGUGUAUGUCUGUGCCAAUGUUACACAUAAGCUAAUUAAAAAAUGGAAUCAGAACCCUUACCAAUAUGAACGCAAGGUAGAGACAUUAGGAGUUGUUCCUUAUAGUCAUAAUUUAUUAAUUUUUUAUCAGUUUGGCAGACUGUUACCAAAGACAAGCUGAGGUUACUUGCAGAUUCAAGUUCACAUCAGCACCUGAGCAGGAACAGUAUUUCUGUUCAGGUGAGACCUUAGGCACUCAGAGGGUUGAAAACAGCUCCAUUCAGUGAAUAAUUCAUGGAGAAACUAUGAAUUAGCCAUCAUUUUUGAUGAAGCCACCGCUUUGCUUCUGUGCUUCAAGUUCUGUGCUCUAGAUGCCGAUAUCCCAGCAGGACCUCAGUAAACCCAUAUGACAAGAAAAGAAAACUGAGAAAAGAGUUUGUAUGUUAUUAUAUGGACACAGCUAUUGAUUGUGCAUUUCCAGUUGAAGUGUAUGUGUGUAGGGGGGGGGUGAUUAACAUCAAAACAACACGAGAAACAAAGCACUUUGGUUCCAGUAAACACUUAAGCAGAAAAACCAUACAACACUAAAUGUGUGAGGAUGCAGCUGCAUCCAGUGGACAUGAGGGGUCAGUCACACCCCUGUUGAGUUUCAUAGCUAAGAUGUUCAAAAGAUAAGACCAGCAAAAAUCAUCACUGAGCAUUUUCAGUAGAUGGGUAGUGAAUCUGAAAUUGAAAGUAUGAUCCUGGAAUUGGAGGAGGUAAAUUGUGCUGCUUGUUAAAGGUCAGGGCAUAAGAGUUCACAUUCAUCAGGAGCAGGUGUACAGCACUUGAGAUGGCUGAGCAUCCAACAGAAAAUAUGUGAUCCAGAAAAAAUUCACCCACACCAGUGUUAUACACAACAAGCAGGGAUGUGACUUUAUUGUAUGAUUUAGAUAUGUCUUUAUUUCUACACAAUUAAACAUUUGCAUUUCUAUCAAGUAAUGACUACUUGAGUUUCAAUCAGAUCCCUGAGCCACUCUCGCUCCUGGUGCUAAGAUGUAUUAUGGUCAGUGAUGGCCAUGAUAAUAAUCAUAAUAAAGAGAGUGAUGAUAUAGUUGGAGUAUAGUGGUAAAUGGCUGGUUACACCUGUAUAAUAGGCUUCACCUGCAUACUUUUGGCAAUGGCUAUUAGUCCCUUCUAUGAAGAAUUUUGUUGAACAAGACUGGACAGUGACUGAACAGACAGACACAUGGACAGAUAGACACACAGGGAGGUGUGAAAUACGAAUUAUAUUUAAAAUGCGCUGGUCUCAUUAUAAAACCAGACCUGAGCUGACCUGGACUUACCUUUCUUGAAAGAUCCUGUAGUCCUAUAGGCCAGUCAUUUCCCAUUCUCCUAUAGGCUCAGGGAGCUGUCAGUCAUCCCAGUGUUGUCAUCCUACAGGCUCCUCUACAACUACCUCCACAGCAGCAAAAACGCAGCCCAUCCUUUCUACUAUCACGCUGUCAUCAGCUUCUAGCCUGUGAAUGUCUUCACACACACACACACACACACACACACACACACACUAUACUACACUACACAACAAAGUGCUGGACUCCAUCCUGUUGUUUCCCCAGCCUCACUAACAAGGUUUCUUCUAAUGGAACAUGAUAGCAUUGUGGUUCAGCUGCCAACAACUCCCCGUCCACAACCCCUCCUCAUCAUUAUAUUAAAGCCUCUAGUGGUACCUUACUUCCUCUGCAGAAUGAACCUCUGUGUGGACCCCAGAAAGGGACUGAAACCCAAGUAAUGUUGGUCUUUUCACCAGAUCACUAAAUUCUGAUGUUCAGUAUUGAAAGCUAGCCCACAUGGCUAGGCAAAAAGAAGAAAGUAUCAGAUUUAGUGAAGAGAUGCACAACAGGUGUAAAUUAAUCCUUAAGGGGCUCAGUGUGCUUGAAGCUAAUUAGUUUAUAUGAUGUGUUGUCUGACCAUGCCUAAAGUCAGUAUUUCCUCCUUCUCUGAAUUCCUACACCCUCCUUGAAGUGUACUCUCAAUAUCCACACUGGAAGGCCUCAUAGCCUCCUCAUGGCUACAUCCCACUGCCUCCAUCAUCUGUCUUUGUAGUCUCGACAUGAUGAAUCUGGCAAACAGUGAUGAUAAUCCACGCUUUCACUCUGUCCUCAAAGACCUUCAUUGUGUUGCAUGAAUGAAGUUGAGAGAGAGGUUCAAAUCCUGCACUUUCUCAAUUAAAUGUACCUGUCUGGUCAUCAUGAGGUGGGUGUGAUUGCCAGACACAGCCCGUAAAGAGAGGUUGUUAAUGUAGAGCAUCAUGCAGAACAUAAUUGGACACACUGAAAACCCCCACAGGAAACUCCUUCAAAAUUAAGAAUCGCUAAAACACAAACUGCGUUAGAUGCAUUUGAUCACAUCACUGCCAUUUUAGGGUACAGAAAUACUCCAAAUUUUGUGACAUGAAACAAUGUCAGAACAGUUGUCAUUCUCACUGUUGGUUAACUUGACUGAUGCAUGCUAGGAUCUGACGCUUUUUUAAAAAGUCUACUUAUUUUCAUAGAUUUCCCUAUAUUCUCUCCAUAUGUGGUGCUCAGGUCACUCUCCCUGCUGGUAACUAUACUGUUGGUCUGUGCGACUGUGCAAGCAACACAACCAACCACUAGGAGUCACUAGUGUAGUGACUAGGACAAGAACCCUCACUGGGUCCCCACCUGUGAACACAGUGUUGUAUGUUAUAGUGUAUAGGACUAGAAUUUCACCCCUUCACUAUCAUCUGCAACACUACUUUCAUGAAAGCCUCUCAAGCUAGUUAAAUGGCUCUAGGUAUGAUAUAAGAGGGUGUUAUCCUGACCACAGGAGAAGGUUUCUAUUCCCUAAUGUACUACUGUGUUGAAUUUUACUUCUCACUCUAGCACAGCAUUUGGUUCUACUCUGUAUCUUGCAACUAUACAAGGGUCCAACCCAAUGUGUUACCAAUACAGUAAAUGCUUCAGUCUGCUUUACUCACUUCUCCCUCUGUACUGGUUUAUAUUCUGUCCCCAAUGAACUGAGGUUUCUACUAAUAUAAUCACUAUUCUGUCAACAUUUUGUUAUUCUAAUCUCUGUUCUAUGACUGAAGGAGUCUCUUCAACCACUGUUCUUAAGUUUUAGUGCCUGUGGGUGCUGGGGACUACAAUCCAAGGGGGACUAAAAUUCUUUGGGGUGCUACCAAUAAUGGUGUGUACCGUACUUUCCGGACUAUUGUGCGCACCUGACUAUAAGCCGCACCCACUAAAUUUAAGUACAUGUACAGGCCGCACUUGUCUAUAAGCCGCAGGUGUCUAAAUGUUUUUGCGGCAUGAAGCUCGUUAGCCUGUAAAAAUCUAUAAAUUAGCUGCAUCAUUGAUUAAGCUGCAAGUUUCAAAGCGUGUGAAAAAAAUAGCGGCUUAUAGUCCAGAAAUUACGGUACUCUUUAGGACCGUAGCCAGUAUUCGCCAGUGUCAACAGGCUUCUAGUACUACUUACAGAUUUUAGUCCCUCUUCUGUCAAUGUUCUGACAGUAUACUGUACAUCCUCUCUGUCUUCUCUAACCCAACAAUAGGCCUCCAAUCUAUUACAAAGUCCACAACAGCAAGGCUUUAAUCCUUACUACAUCCUUACAGUAAGGUUCUGGUAUAAGGUUCCCACUUAUACCUCUACAGAAGUGUUUGUAGUGCGAGGUGUACUCACAUAGCUGAGCCUUAUCUCCUAUUCUAUGACUGCAGAAUGACACACAGGCAGGGAUCGGUCCAGAUUCUGUUUGUCAACUUCUAGUUUAUGUUCUGCCUUUACUACAUAGGGGAUGCACUAUCCCCACAAAUACAGUAGUUUCAGUCCCUGUUGUACAAAUAAUCUUGGGUUUACCACUACAGUUGAGUUUUUGUCCCUACAGUGGAAUCUCUGUUGUACCACAGCUACAGUGGGUUCCUGUCUCUGUUCCACCAGUAAAAUAGCUGCCCUGCCUGGUGGUCAUGGGUUCCAUUCCUCAUGUCUGAUGUUUGCACUGCCCCCUUCCCAAGUCGUCCCUCCAGCUUUCUGGCACCAUGGUCCUCCAUCAACCCACCAUCCCCUCCAGCCAGAGUCCUGUAACCUUCUAUCCCUUUUCUACACUGACAGUCCAUCAAAUGUCUUCCCGUAACAUUGGCGGUGGUAUAUAAAAAUGGAGAUUCAACAAUAACAUUGUUUCUAAUGGUGACGGUAUGUCAUACCUGUAAAUGAUGUUUAUCUGUCAUGCCUAGUCAAAUAAUUUAAACAAUAAAGAGAGGGAUUUUUUAAAUGUCUAUAAUAUCUGAAAGUCCCUUUGAUGUGUAGUACUGGUGUUACUGUUGUUGUAGUGUAUGUGAUACCCUAUGGGGAUUGUGUUACUUUUUAAGAUAAUAAAAUAACAAUGUUUGGUUACA